UGGGAGAUUUCAUUCUGUCCAAAACCAUGACCGGCAAAGUGAGCAGAGAACGGCCGGAGAGUAAAGUUGGAGUGUAUUGUGAUUCUAUUCAGUCCCGGCCGCGGAGCGAAGGAGGAUCGCCGGCGGAGAUGCUUGUCCGGCUGGAACCAUGCGCAAGGGUGUCGAAGUGGACGGAGACAGGGAAUAUUGGGUGGUGGACCUCGGGUUCGAGGGACCACAGGGCCCCCAGUGUUGCGUCGAGAGCGGAGACUUCCUGACACAGGCCUGUUGCUCCGUCAGUCCGUCCGCGGAGCCACCGCCCAUCCAACGAUCGCCUCCGCCUAUAAAUAAUUUGCCUGCCGCUCAGGCGAUGACCUCUCCAUCCCUCCUCUUCCAUUACUUUCUUAUCCUCUUUCAGAUCGCAGAGCUUGUUACCUCUGCUAGCUGCUUGACGUUGCGGUAAACCAAAAGAAUGGUCGUUGAGAUGGUGGUGCUUACGGAGAGCGGGAGCGCUGUGGCCAAGCUCGGGCCCGCCACCAACGAGAAGGACUCGGAGAAGCUGAGGUUAAUCGAGGAGAUGACGGCAAACACGGACGAGGUGCAGAAGAAGGUAUUGGCGGAGAUACUGAAGCGCAACGCAGAGACAGAGUAUCUGCGGAGGUACGGGCUCGACGGCGCCACCGACCGUGCCGCCUUCAAGGCCAAGGUCCCCGUGGUUACCUACGAGGACCUGCAGCCAGAUAUACUGAGAAUCGCCAACGGAGACUGCUCCGCCAUCCUCUCCGCCCACCCAAUCUCCGAGUUUCUCACCAGCUCCGGGACGUCUGCUGGGGAGAGAAAGCUGAUACCGACCAUCAAAGAGGACCUUGACCGCCGGCAACUCCUUCACAGCCUACAAAUGCCCGUGAUGAACUGUUACGUGCCGGGGCUGGACCAAGGGAAGGGGCUCUAUUUCCUUUUCGUAAAAUCGGAGAUGAAGACUCCCGGCGAGUUGACGGCUCGGCCCCUUUUGACGAGUUUCAUCAAGAGAGAGCACUUCAAGAACCGCCCCUACGACCCCUACAAUGUGUACACCAGCCCCACCGCCGCCAUCCUCUGCACCGACUCCUUUCAGAGCGUGUACGCUCAGAUGCUCUGCGGCCUGCUUCAGCGCCUCGACGUUCUGCGCGUUGGGGCCGUCUUCGCCUCCGGACUCCUCCGGGCUAUCCGCUUCCUCCAGCUCCACUGGCAGGACCUCUGCAACGACAUCGCCGCCGGCUCUCUCACCACCAAAGUUACCGAUCCCUCGGUCCGCGCCGCCGUGGCCGAGCUCCUCAGCCAACCGGACCCGGAGCUAGCGGGAUUCUUAGCUGCCGAGUGCAGCAAUGGUGACUGGGCCGGCAUCGUCACCCGCAUCUGGCCCAACACCAAGUACCUCGACGUUAUCGUGACGGGCGCCAUGGCGCAGUACAUUUCCACCCUGGAGUACUACAGUGGUGGCCUCCCCAUGGUUUGCACCAUGUACGCCUCCUCGGAGUGCUACUUCGGACUCAACCUCCGUCCCAUAUGUGAACCUUCGGAGGUCUCCUACACCAUCAUGCCUAACAUGGGCUACUUCGAGUUCCUCCCACACGGCGACGACCACGUCCAGAACCAGUCCCAGCGGCUAGUGGAUCUGGCGGACGUGAAGGUAGGCAAGGAAUACGAGCUGGUGAUCACCACCUACGCCGGUCUAAACCGCUACUGUGUGGGUGAUAUUCUGAGGGUGACCGGGUUCUAUAACACGGCGCCGCAAUUCCGAUUCGUCCGCCGCAAGAACGUGCUCCUCAGCAUCGAGUCCGACAAGACCGACGAGGCGGAGCUACAGCGGGCAGUGGGGAGCGCGUCGGCGCUGCUGAGACCCUACGACGGCACCGUGGUGGAGUACACGAGCCACGCCUACACCAAGUCCAUCCCCGGACACUACGUCAUCUACUGGGAACUGCUCGCCAAGGGGGUCUACAACGGCGAUGAAGCGCUGGAGGUGUUGCAGCGCGACGGAGUAAUGGAGCGGUGCUGCCUGGCAAUGGAGGAGACAUUGAACGCGGUUUACCGGCAGUGCCGCGUGGCGGAUGGGUCAAUCGGGCCGCUGGAGAUCCGCGUAGUGCGCGGCGGCACGUUUGAGGAUCUCAUGGACUACGCCAUCUCAAGUGGGGCGUCAAUCAACCAAUACAAAGUGCCGCGCUGCGUCACCUUCCCGCCGAUACUGGAGCUCCUGAACUCCCGAGUCGUCUCCGCCCACUUCAGCCCCGCGCCGCCCACGUGGUCGCCGCUCCGCCGCCCGGCAAACUGAAACACCGCUCGUCCCCGUCGAGAAGGGGAAUAUGAACACUGAAAAUAAGUGGUUCCGCGCAUGAUCUGUUUCCUCUGUUUUACCGUAUUAAGUAACUAAAAGUCGUCGUUUUUUUUUCGGCAAUUUACCAAAA